AAAUCAACAUUUCUGUAUUCAUUGUUCCAUUUCACAUUUUUAAAGCAAUUUGAGCCACUUGCACUUCAUCCAUAAAAGCAGAUUCUUGCACUGUAAACUGAGGCCUUCUUGACGUACACACUCACAGGCCACAGGUCCUGAGUGCUGGGAUCGUGAUAGCAGAGUCACCGGCACAUGUCAGCAGGCUCACGUAUACACAUCCUGACUAGCAGUCACUGAUUAAGCUGCACGUGCAAUAAACUGCACAGGACACUUUGUUUUGCCCAUGCUGUUGUGUAAUACACGACAUUAUGCUCAGCGGUGCACGGAAAUGUGGUUAGAAAACAGUUAGCCCGAAAUAACAUCGCGUUCCCCAAUUGGACCUGUGACAGUGAAUGUUUGACGGUAGAAAACACAACAGCGUUUUAGAUUAGGGAAGAGGUGGGACAACACUUCUUGUUUGUGAUUGGACAGAGCCCACAUCCCUGGUGACAGUGCACUGUCAUUUCCUGUUUGUGUACGACUUUCAGCCCCAGUCCUAACUCUUUCAAGUGUGCUUUUAGGGUUCCACUGGACUUUUAAAAGGAUCGUCUUGAUUUGAGUGGGGUUACAUGUGGUUCUGAUUGAUAGUCAGGGUUAGGUUUGGCAGUUAGGACUAACGGUUUUAAGAUAUGAGCAAUGUACUGCAGUAGAUGGAGUUAGUAGUAACAUGUAUUUUAGACAUCUAAAACACAUCAGUAUCAGUUUGAUAUUUUCUAUAUCUAGAAUAUUUUCAUAACUUAAAACUGCCAUCAAACAGCCCUUUCUGAUUGGUAAACUUAAGGCGUUAUGCUGCUCUCUCCAAAGCAACCAGACUCUUUUGAUAAAAACAGCUAUUUUAGGCUACCUUGCACAACAUAGUUACUGGUCAUCUGCUUGACCAUCAGAGCCUCUGUAGACUGAUGCUUUGUUAAAACAAGCACAUCAACUGAAUCUUCAUCUGAGGGGUCAAGAAAAAAAAAAAGAAAAUUCUGUUUAUCGACAUUUAUACUGGGGACAUGCCCUCAUCACUUUUUUUAAUUAGUUUAAAAUGUGCUAAAAAAAUAAAAAAGAAAGAAAAGAAAGAAAGAAAAGAAAAAAGAAGCGUGCCAAGUUAGAUUUUGACGUCAUUAAUGUCAUUAACAACUCCGACCUCGUACACUCCCCUCACUACUGCCUUUUCCAACAAAUCAUUAACCUGUAAACAUUACACUUCAGAUUCUUGCAGUUUCCAGAAGAAACUAGCUUUUUUGAUUUGCCUGGCCACCUCUGGAAACCUGAACAGACCAGCAGAACCGCUGACACAUGCUGAUCUAUUUUAAAACCUUUUAACACCACGAGCAUGCUGUUGCCCCUCACUCACAGGCAGCAAAUAGCAGAGAACAUAAGACAGAUCUGCCAGCAAACAAAAACAGAACAACCGCUGAGGAGUAGUGUCACAUAUCCAAGCUGACGUCAUCUCAAUUCAGAAACUUCUGGAUCCCGGCCGUGAGGUCGCCACCGGGUCCCCCUUUCUACGUUGACUAAAGCGGUGCAGAGAUCCAGUGCAGCAGUCCAUGGAUGCACCAGUGGCGGACUGUGCUCAGGCAGAGCAUGGCUCACUCCUGCUCAGGCAGCUGGAGAGGAUGAGGUCAGCUGAGGAGCUCACUGAUGUGGUGCUGCUGGCAGAGGGGAUUCCCUUCCCUUGCCACAAGGUGGUGCUGUCUGCAUUCAGCCCUUACUUCCAGGCCAUGUUCACAUGUGGUCUGAAGGAGACCCGAGGAGGAGAGGUGCCCCUCAGGGACACUCCUGCUCAGAGCCUAGAGCUGCUGCUGGACUACAUGUACCGAGCUGAACUCCCACUGUCCAAUGACAACAUCCAGGGAGUGGCUGCCGCUGCCUUCCUGCUCCAUGUAGAUGGAGCCUUCAGGUUGUGUCAGGCCCACAUGGAGGCCCGCAUGGACCCAUCCAACUGUGUCGGACUGUACCACUGGGCCCGAGACCUGGGGGCCACUGUUCUGGCCGACUGCGCCUUGAGAUACCUCUGCCAGCACUUUGCAGAAGUUUGCGAGGAAGAAGAAGUGCUGGACCUGGACGCCCAAAGUCUCGGGGAUCUGCUGGGCUCAGACGACCUCAACAUAUCACAGGAGCAGGUUGUGCUAGAGCUGGUGCUGCGUUGGGUGGAGAGGCGAAGAGGGGACCCGCAGAGUGAAGCCAAGGCUGUGGAGCUGCUCAGACGUGUCCGACUGGAGCUUGUGGACCCUGGAUUCCUCCGUAAAGCCAGGAGGAGAAACCCGGUGUUGCUGCGGGAUGCUGAGUGCUUUGGGAUGAUCGAUGCUGCCCUCCAGACUGCAGGCCUCUGUGAGGCAUCAGCUCCACCUCGGCCGGCCCUUCGUUACGGCAUGGAGACCACCGACCUGCUGCUCUGCUUGGGUGGGGUGAACAAGGAGGGGGUGCCUGCCCGCCGUGGAGGACUGGCUGAUCUCAGUUUUUGCUUUGCCCCUCAUGGCAGAAAGACUUUCUACAUCCCCUCUCCGCUGAAGGGCUGCAGAGGCGUGGGGCAGAUCACAGCUGGGGCAGUGACACGAGACAACAACAUCUUGGUGGCCGUGGAGGCAGAAGACCAACACAGGAUGAAGAGGGUGGAUAUCUACAGGUACGAUAAUUCUGAGGACAACGGCUGGACGCAGCUGUGCUCAGCGGCGCACAGGGACAUGUACGCUUUAGGGCUGAUAGGCGACUGCCUCUAUAUGAUCGGCGGUCAGAUGAAAGUGCGCCAUCACUACGUCAUCACGGACAGCGUGGAGAGAUGGUCGCUGAGGAGAGGAGGCAGCUGGCUCAGCUUCGCCCCUCUGCCACUUCCCUUAGCCUGCCACUGUGUCGUCAGCCUGAAGGAGCACCUGUAUGUGCUGGGGGGCUGGACGCCGCAGCACCAACCGGACGACGAGCCCGACAAGCUGAGUAACCGCCUGCUCCAGUUCGACCCCGGCAAGGACAGGUGGAGAGAGUGUGCCAGCAUGAAGUACUCCAGGUACCGCUGCGGCACGGCUGUCCUCAAUGGAGAAAUCUACGUAGCUGGUGGUAUAGGGUGUGAUGGAGAGGACCGCGGACAAUCACGUCGCUGCCUGAGUUCUGUGGAGAUCUAUAACCCGGACACAGACACCUGGAGGGCAGGACCGACUCUGCCCAUGUCGAUCCUCUCCCACAGAACCAACGCCUCCAAUAUAGGCGUCGUGGAGGGCAAGCUCUACCUCUGUGGAUACUACAAAGGGGCCGGUCAGUUGGCCGUCAUGAGAUCAUCACCAAGGAGAUUUUGGAGCUGGACCCCGCGGACAAUGUGUGGACGGUGGUGGAAAGAAGAGCGGCCAUGCACGACAGCUAUGACGUGUGUCUGGUGGCCAACCUCAACCCUCGAGACCUCUUCGCUCCCUGAUUCAUCCCCUCCUGACUGCCAGGAGACGGGAUGUGUGUUUUGGCUUUUUAAAUCCUUGUACCCAAAAAAAAGUUUUAAAAAGUACCCAGAUGACUGUUCACAUGAGCGUUUUCUCGUCGUCCACCGCUGCGUUUAAGGUUUGGGUUAGUUUAGGGAAUGUAAACUGGAGAAGAGGAAGGAGGAAAUUUUGGUCAGGGUUUGAAGGAAACCAGUGUUUGUCGGCUGGACCUAAGGCGCACGCUGCAGUCUGUGGUGUCGCACACCUCCUCAGGGUUUACUUCAGACAGAAAACAUUCACUGAUCGAGUGAACACAGGAGGUUUGUAGUUGCAGAACGUAUUUGGCAUUUUAAAAGAAUAGCUGCCAUGUGGGGAGAUUAUUAUUGCGUUCCUCCUGAGAGUUCAGAGAGGGGAACGAUGCCACUCUCAUGUCUGUCUGUUAACCGUGACGCCGUGGCUUAGCUUCGCGUAGCAUAAAGACUGGAAACAGAGGGAAAGAGCUGGACUGGUGCCAAACAGUUCCCCUAAAAUUAUAAUGUAAACACCAGACAUAACAAUGAAUGACUGUCGGUGAAGGUGUGACACUUGAAAAACAAAAGGCAAUGGCUUAA